GCGCCGGAGGACGCGCCCCCCAAUGCCCUCGGAGGCCCCCGACGAACCCCCCGCCAAAGACGACGCCCCCAAACCCCCCGAAUCCGAAGCACCCAAACCAGCCGACGAGGAGGGGGCGGAGCCUCCCAAGCCCGCGCCGGAGGAGCCCGCCCCGCCGCCGCCGCCUCCUCCGCCUCCGGCGGAGGAGAAGGCCGUGGAGCUCGUCGUCGUCGACGACGACGGCGCCAAGACCGUCGAAGCCAUCGAAGAGACCGUCGUCCCCGCCCCCGCCGCCCCCGCCCCCGAAGCAGAGGAAGCAACGGAGACCAAAACAGAGACCAAAACAGAGGCCUCGGCGGCGGCGGAGGCGGCGGAGGAGGAGGUGCGGAUAUGGGGGGUGCCGAUCGUGGGCGACGAGCGGUCGGACGCGGUGCUGCUCAAGUUCCUUCGCGCCCGCGACUACAAGCCCGCGGAGGCCAUGGCGAUGCUCCGGAGCGCCGUGCUCUGGCGCAAGCGCUUCGGCAUCGACGCCCUCCUCGACGCCGACCUCGGCCUCCCGGAGAUGGACCGCGUCGUCUUCACCCGCGGCGCCGACCGCGAGGGCCACCCCGUCUGCUACAACGUCUACGGCGAGUUCCAAAGCAAGGACCUCUACGACAAGGCCUUCGGCGACGACGACAAGCGCGACCGCUUCCUCAAGUGGCGCAUCCAGUACCUCGAGCGCGGCAUCCGCUCCCAGCUCGACUUCUCCCCCGCCGGCGUCUGCUCCAUGGUCCAGGUCACCGAUCUCAAGAACUCCCCCCGCCUCGGCAAGCACCGCCAGGUCACGCGCCAGGCCCUCACUCUCCUCCAGGACAAUUACCCCGAGUUCAUCGCCAAAAAGCUGUUCAUCAAUGUCCCGUGGUGGUACCUCGCCGUGAAUCGGAUGAUGAGCCCGUUCUUCACGCAGAGGACCAAGAGCAAGUUCGUCUUCGCCGGCCCUUCCAAAUCCGCGGAGACCCUCUUCAAGUACAUCGCCCCGGAACAAGUCCCGGUUCAAUUCGGAGGCCUCGCCAAGGAGAACGACCCCGAUUUCACCACUGCCGAUGCUGUUGCCGAUACCGUCCUCAAGCCCUCGUCUAAGCAAACCAUCGAUAUUCCCGUUCCUGAGAACUCCACCCUUGUGUGGGAAAUCCGAGUUCUCGGAUGGGAAGUGAGCUACGGGGCGGAGUUCGUGCCGGACGCGGAGGACGGCUACACCGUGAUCGUGCAGAAGACGAGGAAGCUGGCGGCGAGCGACGAGGCGGUCAUAAAGGGCACCUUCAAAACCGGCGAGGCCGGGAAAGUCGUCCUCAUCAUCGACAACCCCACCUCCAAGAAGAAGAAGCUCCUCUACCGAUCCAAGACCCGAAGCUCCGCCGAAUCUACAUGAAGACCAAAUUCACAACAACAACAACAACAACAACAACAACAAAAAACCCCAAUUUGAGAUCUAUGAAGGGAGAAAACAAUAAAAGAGAGAGAGCCAAGUUCUAGGAACAGUUUGGUUGGUCACUGUGUUUGUUCUUUAAUUGGUUUGUUUCUUUUUUCUCUAUUUCUGGGUUAAGAUUAUAUAAUUUGUUUUUGAGUAAAAGAGAGUUUGUUUUGUGAGAUAGUUUUCAAGAGACAUGGUUUUUGAGGGGGUGUGGGUGGGGAAAAAAAAAGAAAAAAAAAGGAAAAAAAAUGAGAAAAAAAAUCCCUCUGUAAAUUGUGUUGUACAUUGUUCUCUAGUAUGGAUUCUCUUUUAUCAAAUGUGUUUGUAUUUUGAGCAGCUCUUUAAAGAAGGCAUCUUCCUGUCAA